AUGGCGCGAAUCUUCAUCACAGGAUCAUCCGACGGCCUCGGCGCCGUUGCCGCCCGGACGCUGCUCAAGAGAGGCCACCAGGUCGUCCUCCACGCACGCAACGCCCAGCGCGCCGAGGACGCAAAGGCGGCCGUCCCCGGCGCCGAGGGCGUCCUCGUCGGCGACCUCUCCCGGUUCGACGAGGCCAAGAAGCUCGCCGAGGAGGCCAACAAGCUGGGCACGUUCGACGUCGUCAUCCACAACGCGGGCCUCUACCGCGGCCCUUACCGCAAGACGGACCUGGGCCUCCCGAGCCUGACGGCCGUCAACGUCUUCGCGCCGUACCUGCUGACGGCCCUCAUCAACAAGCCCAAGAGGGUCGUCUACAUCUCGUCGGGCCUGCACCGGAACGGCGACACCAGCUUCGCCGACCCGACGUGGCGCGAGCGCGGCGAGGCGGGCUGGAACCAGGACCAGGCGUACUUCGACUCCAAGCUGCUCAUCACGACCUUUGCCAACGCCGUCGCCCGCCUGUGGCCGGACGUCAAGAGCAACUCGAUCGACCCGGGCUGGGUGCCGACCAAGAUGGGCGGGCAGAGCGCGACGGGGCUGGCGGACGACGGCAUCGCGACCUACGUCCUGCUGGCCGAGGGGACGGGCGCGGGAGACGUCACCGGCAAGUACUUCAAGCCGUCGGGCCAGGAGGACAGCCCUGUUCCGAUCACGGAGGAUGAGGAGAGGCAGGAUCAGCUCGUGAAGUUGCUGGAGCAGGAGACCGGGGUCAAGCUGCCUUCGACAUAG